AUGAACUCUGCGUUUACAUUCCUUUCACUUGCCAUAUUUCCCCUGGCUCUGUUUAUUUUCUGGACUCUGUCAGCAACGGGGCCGUCAUCACCCCUUGGACGUGGAUUUCCAACCCUAACCAAUAAACGGAUUUGUCUGCUGAUCGCCCAUCCGGAUGAUGAGGCUAUGUUCUUUGCGCCGACCUUGUUAGCCCUUACAAAGCCUGAGCUGGGGAACCAUGUUAAAAUACUUUGUCUAAGCUCUGGUAUGUGCGCUCUAUUAAUGGUCCUUGACUCAGCAUCAGGAUGGUUUCUAAUUUAUCAAAUUACAGGGGACGCUGCUGGUCUGGGACAUAUUCGCAAACAGGAACUCCAGAAGAGCGCACUCCGGCUUGGCUUGCGCAACGAAUCGGAUGUUUUUAUUGUAGAUGAUCCAAGCCGGUUCCCAGAUAGCAUGACUGCUACCUGGUCCGAAGAAAAUGUUUCUGGCCUCCUUGCUUCUGCAUUUGCCCCGCAACUCGCAGCUCAAGCAUCGUCUCAAUCUGCACCGAUGGCCACUAUCGAUAUACUUCUUACCUUUGAUCAGUCAGGCGUUAGUUACCACCCGAACCACCGGUCCCUCUACCAUGGGGCACGCGCAUUCUUAAAGGCUUUAAUGCGUGGAAAUUCUGGUCAUCCUUGCCCUGUCACCUUAUAUACCCUCACUUCAACAACUUUGGCAAGGAAAUACAUAGGCGUCUUUGAUGCGCCAAUAGCUAUGUUAAGCGGUGUAAUAAGUAAUGCAUUCGGAGGCUCUGGUGACAGGGACGCACUUUCAACAUCACCGUCCAAAAAAACCCAGGAGUUAAGGGGGAUCCGCGAACCACCUCCAGCAAACAGGUUACUUUUCGUCAAUUCUGUAGACGAUUGGCUUUCUGGAUGGAAGGCAAUGGUGUAUGCACAUAAGAGUCAGAUGGUCUGGUUUCGAUGGGGAUGGAUUACGGUAGGGAGAUAUAUGGUAGUUAACGACUUGAAGAAAGAACUUGUAUAA